ACAUUUACGCGAAACAUUUACAUGUAUGGAUAUGUUUAGUUAGACUGUUUGAACCGCCGAUUUUUUAUUAUUAAAGUAAUUUUAUUAAAUAAUCAAUAGUUAUAUGAAAAUAUGGAUGAUUUUACUUGUCCAAGAUGCAGGACAUCCAAAUUUCAAAAUCCCUCCAUGAAAAUGAUGGUUAAUGUUUGUGGUCAUGGUUUAUGUGAAAGCUGUGUGGAUCUACUAUUUUUAAAAGGAUCUGGUGCUUGUCCAGACUGUAGAAUACCUUUGCGAAGGAAUAAUUUCAGAGUACAAUUAUUUGAAGAUGCUACAGUGGAGAAGGAAGUUGAUAUAAGGAGAAGAGUUCUUAGGGACUUUAAUAAAAAAGAGGAAGAUUUUUCUUCAUUAGAUGAUUAUAAUAAUUACUUAGAGGAAAUAGAAACUAUUAUAUAUAAUUUAACAAACGAUAUUGAUGUUGUAAAUACCAAUAAAAAGAUAGAACAAUAUAAACGUGAUAAUAAAGAACAGAUAUUAAAAAGCAAAGGAAGAUUAGGACGAGAAGAAUAUGAAUUAGAAGAAAUGCUAGAAUAUGAAAAGCAAAGAGAGGAUGAAAGAAAAAAAGAACUUCAAAAGGAAGAAGUUGAAAAUAAGAAAAAGAAAAUUAGGGAAAAAGAAGCAUUGAUUGAUGAACUCAUGUUUUCUAAUGCUGAUGCCAAAAAUAUUGUUGACACAUUUGCUCAACAAGCAAAAGAGGAAGAAACAAAAAGGUUGCCUCCAAAAGUGACACAAUUUUCAACUGGAAUUCAGUUUGGUCAUCAAUCUCAUAUAACAUUUUUGCCAGUACCUACAGAUGAAGGUCCCCUUUAUUCAUAUAAACCGUUAACAUUCCCUAUAGAUGGACCUGAACCACCAAAUGUAGUUGAUAUCAUAGAAAAAAAAUUUUUAAAUCAUGUUAGGUCUGAAACAGAACAAGAAAGAGCGGGAGGUUUUAAAUCCAAUAUUGCCUGUUUACGUGCUUUGCAGGAUGCUAUGAUGGGACUUUUUCACAGUAAAAAGACUUUGUUGACUUGAAUUAAAUUAAAUGUAUUGCAAAAUGCAGUUUAAAUUUUCUUUUGUUAAUAAUAUUAAGUAAAAUUAAAUUUUUGGUUAAAAUCAUUUUAAUGUAUUUGUAUCGACUGGAAGUAAUUGUUAUUUUAUAAAAUUGGUUAAAAUUUAAAUUUUGGAUUGUUAUAUUUUUUGAUAAAUUACAAAUAUGAUUUCAUUUUGCUGUUGAUAAUAAAUUGUUACAAUUUC